CUUGUUUUUCCUUACAAGAUUAGGCUAGACAUGUGUUGGGCAUCAGUGAAGUCUCAUCGUAGUUUUGGAGUUCCAGGCAGGCGGAGGCGGAUACUUGAGGGGAUUAGUUUCUUACUGGAAAUUUGAAAUCAACAGAAAGAAAAGAGAUGUUUUUCCACAUCGUAUUGGAGCGGAACAUGCAGCUACACCCUCGCCACUUCGGCCGUGAUCUCCGGGAUAAGCUCGUCGCCAAGCUUAUGAAAGAUGUUGAGGGCACUUGCAGUGGUCGGCAUGGGUUCAUUGUGGCGAUUACUGGCAUUGAGAGUGUUGGGAAAGGUUUAAUUCGUGAUGGGACGGGGUUUGUUACCUUUCCGGUUAAGUAUCAGUGCGUUGUGUUUCGACCCUUUAAGGGAGAGAUAUUAGAAGCCGUUGUUACAAUGGUUAACAAGAUGGGGUUUUUUGCUGAAGCAGGGCCAGUCCAAAUUUUCGUAUCUAAUCAUCUGAUACCAGAUGAUAUGGAGUUUCAAUCUGGAGAUAUUCCCAACUACACAACUUCAGAUGGAUCUGUCAAAAUUCAGAAAGACAGUGAAGUCAGGUUGAAGAUAAUUGGAACCCGAGUAGAUGCUACAGAAAUUUUUUGCAUUGGCACCAUAAAAGAUGACUUUCUGGGUGUGAUUAGUGAUCCAGGUGCAACCUCUUGAUGACAUGGUAUGUGACUCGGUUAAUUUGGUUUCUUCAUAGGGAAAAGUUGUAUCUAUUGAAGUUCAAAUAUUACUCGAAUUACUGUUGUAUUGCAUGAAAUUUUCUCAACUGUGAAAUGAACAGUAGCAUUUGCAUAUUUUGAGGCUCAACUCCAACAUCUUUAAUAGCGUCACAGCUUCGUGGGUCGGCAGGAAGAACAUUCUUUGGCAAAUGAACAACAUUUUGAGAUUGUAACUCAGGAUCACAACUAAAGUAUGGGAAAGAAGGUACAAGGCUGUUCUUGUACUGAAUCUUGAUCUUGAUUGUUCUGAUAUGUAAGGAAGUAAGCGGCAUGGUUCAUUCAUGGCAUGUUAGAAUACAGCAAUCUUUGUUCCUUAUCAUGUAUGCAAGUCAUUUUUGCGCGUGUUAUUUAAAUCUCUUGCUCCUUAUGACAGUUUAAAAUGGACAUCUUGCUUGCUGCUA